AUGGGCGCCUACAUUGCCAAGAUGCUGCUUCCCACCGUCAGCAGCGUGGUGUUCCUGCCUGCCGCCAGCGUGGCCGCCAAGCGGGGCUUCCAUAUGGAGGCCAUGGUCUACUUCUUCACCAUGUUCUUCAGCGCGAUCUAUCACGCUUGCGAUGGGCCGGGCCUUGCCAUCCUGUGCAUCAUGAAGUACGACAUCCUGGAAUACUUUAGCGUGUACGGCACGGCGCUGUCCAUGUGGGUCACACUCAUCGCUCUGGGCGACUUUGACGAGCCUCAGCGUUCCAGCGUGACCAUGUUUGGAGUUCUGAGCAUCGCAGUCCGGAUCUACCAGGACCGCUGGGGAUACGGGAUCUACUCGGGUCCCAUCGGAUCGGCCGUCUUCAUCAUCACCGUCAAAUGGCUUCAGAAGAUGAAGGAGCUGCGUGCCGUGUACCCUGACAAGCGCGUUUACACUCAGCAGGUCGGUCCUGGCUGCUGUUUCGGCGCCUUGGCACUCAUGCUGCGCUUCUACUUCGAGGAGUGGGACUACGCCUAUGUACACAGCUUCUACCACCUGUCGCUGUCUGUCUCCUUCGUCUUGCUGCUGCCCAAGAAGAACCGCUACGCCGGCUCAGGCCACAACGCCGCCAAGCUCAGCUGCUGGACGCUAUGCUGCUGCAGCAUGUCUCCGGGCUCCUACAAGGAGAAGAAAGAAACGCCGGAGAAAAAAGAUAUGUCGGAGAAGCAAGACACGUCAGAGAAGAAAAACACACCAGAAAAGAAAGACAUGCUGAAGAAGGAGAAGAAGAAGAAGAAGACGUCGGCAUGCCGCUCACUUUUGAACGCCCUCACUGCAUCCGAGGAGACCCCCACAUUGCCCCUCUUCUCGCCCCCGCCCUCCACACCUGUCAAAGGCACCAGCAUCAGCAAGCUGAAGGAGAUGAACGGAUGGAAGUGA